CUGUGUCUCCGCGUAUCCGUAAACGGCCGACCAUAAAUCUGCCUUUAGUGUCUCGGCUGUUGCAGUUCAUGCCGUUAACAGAACAAAAUACACUUCUCCAGUCCUUGAACCUUAGAGCUACAGGUGAAGUACCAAAUGUACAGUGAACUGAUUGCAGUACUGUCACCAGAAGACUUGAAGGUGUUACUAUGGAGACUUGUUGCCAACCAUGAGUGACUGUUCCAAUGCUGUUUCCAGUUGAGCACUGAUUCUCCGAUGAUUGAAUGAUUCCAAAAUAUGCCCACAAAACAUGUUCUUGGGACAAUAGAUAACAAUAGACUUCUCAUCACAGCAGAACCAAGUAGCAGAUGAUGUAUAUAUUCACUGAAUGGUUGCUUCAUCAUGUGUUUUGUAUCAUUUUUCACUGCAUAUUGGUUGUCAGGUCAAGCAAAGACCAAUCAUGUUAUCCUAAGAAUGGGAAAUGCAUGACUCCAUUCAGUUGACAUCCUAUGUUGUCUGUUAUUGUAGUUGUCUUAAGUCACUUCCUAGGCCAGAUUAAUUAGCACAAUAGAAAAAAGACAUGGUAAUCAUUCCCAAGACUCCACACUGGCAUUAUUUAGUAUUAUGUUGUCGAGACAACUUUUCGGCCUGAUGGUGGAAAGGCAGUUACAGUCUUGGCCCAAAGUGGUUGAAAGUACCCACACUGUAAUCCCGCUGUGAACGGCCUUUUGUUAUGAGGUGUUCAGUCGGCUUCAGGUGUCUGCGCUAUGUUUACCUUUGUGAGUACCUCUAUUCAAGGUGGGUUAGACCUCACACCCUAUCAUUCUGAGCCAGGUCCCCUCCCACUCCCUGGUGAGGCUGACUCCGAGGGUUGUUGAUGCUUUUGUGCUGCUAAUGAAAGGCACACAAGAAAUACUCUACUGCACAAAGACCUGAGGGACCUCAGGUACAAUAGAGUCCCAGCAGGAAGUGAUUAUUGUCUGUAGAAGAAGUUGAUAAGCAGAGACGAAAUACAAUGGAAGGUGAUCAAAGGACAUCCAAGACAUCCGGCAAUCUUUUUAGAUGGGAACCUAUAGGGACUGAAACAUACAAGCCGCACACUUCUUCACACAUUUUUAGAUACAUUCAUCACAAACUGUGUUGCAGAAUAAGAAUUUGACUGCAUUGUAACUAAUGUUUUGAGUGUCAGGCAGACAUUUAAUGUGUGCUAUACUUCAGUUAAAUCAAGUUCAUAAUGCUUUCCAUUGUGAAGAGUGGCUCAAAGGGAACCACAUCAGUGAGAGCUAAUUCAUUUUCAGGUCUUCUGCCUUGAGACAGUCCAAUCCUCUUCAGACCAUAGAAAGACUGAUAUUGGCUCUUGGCUUUUAGCCUUUUGAGGCUUUCUCCCUCAAUGCCAAUGUGCCACUGUGUGAUGAUGCCAGGCAUCCCCUGGAAAUGUCCUUUUGCCUAGCUAUAUUGUCAUUGAUUGAAGAAACUUGCUACCCUUCUUCCCCAGUGACGGUCUAGGUCAUGAUUGGAGGGUCUCUGUACCCGCUUCCGUAGAGCGCCGAUUUGAUGCCAAGCGCCCCACACUCUAACAAGGAAAUGUGCAGCAUUUCAUUUUGCAUUAACAGUUUUGUGGGAGUAAUUACAGUUUUUGCAGUUACACUUAUUGUCUAUGCCUAUGGAGGAAACAACAGUAAUGGCUCUGUGAAAUCACGGUGGCAAACUGUUGGGAGUGGAACCAACUCUGUACUCCGACAUGCUGGUUUGAUGCUGUUGGCCCAUAUCACUUUAGAGCAUGUUUACUAUACCACUCCCUCCAAAUCAUUAUAUUGUUGAUAAGGCAUGUGUUAGAGCCUAAGUAUACAGCUUUCGCGCAACGUGGAUGCAUAUGUGUUUGUACGUAUGCAUUUGUGUCUCCAAAGUAUGCUAGUUUUGCUUUUGCAGACACAGCAAAUCAAUAGGAAUGUUUGAAAUAAUAUUUCGAUUUCAUUUAUUUUUUUGUUUUUUUGUUAUAGUCCUAUAGUUUUCUCUGCCCCUUCAUAACCAUUUACUCAUCUACCUACCUUAAAAUACCUAGCAAUCUUAUCAGCUAUGAUUUGCUGAAGCAAGAAAUAAAUGAAACAUUUCCAGGGAGCAAACAUAUUAAUCAAAUGUGCCUCUGUACUGUAGGUCGCUUUGGAUAAAAGUAUCUGCUGAAUGAAUAGAGGGUGGAUAAGGAUUUUGUUUUCUCUUGGCCAUGAACCAGUGCUUAAAAACUUGCACACACACAUGCACAGUCAAUGCGCACAGUGUGUCUGUCUGCACUGACGACAUUUGUUGGUGCUGCGCGACAGUCCACACGCACCGUCCGGUUGAUGACAUUUGCGUCAUGCGCACCGUGCGCGGACCUAAAUCAAAGUAUUUUUAGGCAAGUCUCGCCUCUCGACAACCAUCUUGGCAGUGCCUCCAGGCAGCUCUUUUGGGCAAACAAGAUCAGUCUCGUGUCUAAAUGAAUGCACAGAGAUCCAUAACUCCACUUAUGAGAAAAAGUAUCACGUGAAUCGGACAUAAAUGGUAAGGAUAAAAAAAAGACUUUAUUCUUUGUGUUGACUUGCUCACUGCGCAUGAACCAAAUUUAUGGCGCAGCUAUUACUAUGGCAACAGUGGAAAUGAACCGAACGUGCAGGGGAGGCGUAACAUCAAUUAUGCCAUUUCCAACAAUGGGAUCGGCUCUUCAAAAUACAGGGCAGGACUUCCAGUUGCAAAUCCAAUAUGUCCUGUAUAACGUCUCUGCCUAAAUGUAGCCGUGUUCACAGGAGCAUACUGAAGACUUUACAAUGAGUACCCACGGUCUCGGCCCUGUUUCCCUGGCACACCAAUAGAAAUAGAGGACCUCCAUCACACAUGCAGGGUGCAUGGUGUUCCUAUGCUUUCUGUAGUUCAUUAUGCACUUGCUUCCUGGCUAUGUUUCUCAUGUUUAUUGCUAUACUGUUUUCAGAUUUCUCUAGAAGUUUGAACUUUAUCUGAAUUUCUUUGUCUCUGUACAGGCACAUUGAGACCAGUACGACGCAGCUUCUAUGACCCCACAUCGGCGCCUGGCCAGGGCUGGUUAUGGGAGUGGGAAAAUGACACAGGCUCCUGGACGACGUAUGACAUGGAAGUCGGCAUCGCCAUCCAGGCAGCUCGGGACCGCAACCAACCCUGGCUGGACCUGGCGCCGCUGGGGUUUUGCUACCUCAUUGAUUUCCAGAGCAUGACGCAGAUAAACCGGCAGACUCAACGGCACAGACGCAUCCAACGGCGCUCAGACAUGGCCUACCCUCUAGUGUCUGGCCCGCUCCCCAAAUCGAGCCAGGGGGGCUGGGCCACCUCGGGCACAGGGGGAGGGCGUGGAGGAGGCGAAGCUACAACAGGAGGUGGGGAUAGCGGGGGUACAGGGGCAGGGCUUGGAGUUGGGGGCUCGACCGGGAUGCUCUUAGGUGUUGGGGUGUCUGGUCUAACCUCAUCCAGUGGAGGAAACAGUGGCGGCAGUAGCAGUAAUGGGAGUGUUGUGUACCCCAGCAGUACAGUCUCCAUGUCCUCUCUAGCAUCACUGGGUCAGCCGUGUGCCUGUCAGCAAUGUAUGCUUGUCAUGAGUGUCAAAGCCAAUGCUGUGGCUGCUUCGUACACUCUGGGCCGCAAGCCCUCGCAGUCCAAACCUUCCCUGAGCCCCAAAGUUACAGCCAGAGGUACCUCUGGUUCAACUGGUACUAACUCGAACUCGUACUCUCACACUCUGCCACACCCACUGUCGUACGCGUCCUCAGCGAGGACUCUCUCCCCACGCGUAAGUGCUGCCGCCUUUGCCCACUCGAUCUCCCUGCUCACCUCUGGCACUGCCACGCUGUCUCUCUCCAACCGCCCGCCUCCCCCGCCUCUGCCCCCGCCUCAGCCGCCACCAGCAGCCAAUCAGCAGCAGCCUCCAGGCAUGCCCUCCACACCUGGCCUCCCCCAUUCUACCUCCUCCUCGCCAUCUGUGCCAACUGCCACACUUAUCACCACAGCGACCGCCACCACCUCUUCAUCCUCAUCCCUGCCUUCACCUGCCGUGCCCGCACAGCGCUCUGCCGCCUGUGCUGCACCACUGCCAGCCCGUGCCAGCUUGGCAGGCCUCAGCCGUCCUGCCCUGCAACGCAUUGCUAUGGCACAGUCGCGGGCCCUUAUUGCCUCAGGGGUGCCCACGGUGCCAGUGAAGAACCUGAACGGCUCCAGCCCAGUGCACCCGGCGCUGGCGGGCAUCACGGGGAUCCUGAUGAGCGCCGCAGCACUGCCCGUCUGCCUCACGCGCCCGCCUAAGCUGGUGCUGCACCCGCCGCCCGUCAGCAAGAGUGACAUCAAGCCUAUCCCCGGCCUCGGCCACUGCUGCCGCAAGACCAGCAAGAAGCAAGCUCGCAAGGGCAAGACUCCAGAGGAGGUGGUGAAGCGCUAUCUGCAGAAGGUCCGCAGUCCCCCAGAGGAGGACUGCACCAUCUGCAUGGAGGUUCUCUUGGGCCCCUCCGGCUACAAAGGCCCUGGGGUGGGUGGCAUCUCGCGGGGUGAGUCCGUGGGGCGUCUGGCCCAGUGUGGGCACCAGUACCAUAUCCAGUGCUUGGUGGCCAUGUACAACAAUGGCAAUAAAGAUGGCAGCCUCCAGUGCCCCACAUGUAAGACCAUCUACGGGGUGAAGACGGGAAACCAGCCACCCGGCAAGAUGGAAUACCAUGUCAUCCCCCACUCCCUGCCUGGGCACCCCGACUGCAAGACCAUCCGCAUCAUCUACAACAUCCCUCCAGGCCUGCAGGGACCUGAGCACCCAAGCCCAGGCAAAGCCUUCACUGCCAGAGGCUUCCCUCGUCACUGCUAUCUCCCUGACAGCGAGAAAGGGCGCAAGGUGCUGCGGCUACUGCUGGUGGCGUGGGACAGGCGCCUGAUCUUCUCUGUGGGAACAUCCAGCACCACCGGCGAGUCGGACACCGUCAUCUGGAACGAGGUCCACCACAAGACCGAGUUCGGCUCCAACCUCACAGGCCACGGGUACCCUGACCCCGGCUACCUGGACAAUGUUCUGGAGGAGCUGAAGGCCCAGGGUAUCACGGACGACGAGAUACAGCAGUGAGGAAGGAGGGAGAGGGGCAGAGAGGAGCUGAAGAAGAGGGAAGCAUGAAGGACCCUGAAAACCCUGCCAGAGCUUCACAUGCUGGAGGAGGGAGGACGACGGGGUGGGAGACACUUAGAGGGCAGCCUGGUUAUAAGAGUGAAGAGGGAGAGGGAGAGGGAGAGGGAGGAAGUCCCUUGCUGCAAUGAUAUGCAGAAUAUGAAUAUGACUUGGUCUGACAUGAAAAACGAAGUACUGUAUGUGGUGCUCCCAGGUCCGAGCAGUAUUGUUGACUAAAUCUUAGGUAUGAAGGUACAUAAGACAUUUGCAUAAAGGAGGUACUAAUUCUUAUAAGGUUUUAAUUACAUUAAUUAACACGCUGAUGCUAACCCAGAGAUGUGAGUAGAGAGAGUUUAGAGUGAGAGGGAAAGGAAAAAGAUGGUGAAAAGAUUCAAAGAGCAGGGAAAAGAAGGAACAUGGAAGGAAAGACCUGAGGGGGAGGUGGAGUGGGAUUCAGUGAGGACAUGAAGGAAAGAAAAAGAAUGAGAAAUGGUGGUCUAUGAAUGUAGUUUCUAAUAUAGGGGUAGGACAACAUUUUGUUUUUUUUGCAAAACCCAAAAUAUGGAGUCUGUUUGGUCAAAUGAUUGCAUGUGGGGCUUGAACUUGAAUGUGUACAACAUACAAUGGGAUGGAAGGACUGGUAGCCAGUGCUUGUUUGAAUUUUGACUCUCUGGCGCCCUCAAGUGUCUCAAAUACAUUCCAUGGUUAUUUAUCCAUGUAGAGCGGUACAUGUUACCCAAAUACCUUUUCCAGUAUCGCUGUUGUUCAAUACCAUCCAAUGCAUUAGAUACAUCAUGUACUGACAUUACUUUUAUGUAUUACUUUUGUACAGGUUAUGUAUGAUGACUUUUGCUUUCUUUUUACUUUUGUACUCACAAUGUUUUGAGACUGGUGGCACCCUACACCCAAGUGGUCUGCCAUGAAUAUUACAUUGUCUUUGCCAGUGUCUCAUAAUGGUGGUGAUUUGGAUUUUUUUUUCUCUGUGAAUAGACGGUGGCUCUGCCUCCGUUAGUGUCUGUAUGUUGAGACGUGUAAAUGAGCAACCUGUUUUGCUUGUCAAAAGGAGAUGACCUCCUCUUGGAGAGGUGAUAAGGUAGGAGUCAGUGUUUGCUGGUCCUAGGAUUCGAGAAGAGAGAAAAGACAGCAAGGACUUCAGAUUGGACAGAUUAUGGUGUGGAGCAACCAGUGCAACAGGUUGGAGGGAUCAUCCAGAUCAAGAUCACUGGGUGGGCAGUUGGACCAAAGUGUCUUUCUUAAAAUAAUUAAUUUGAGAACUCCACAGUGAAGAGGCCAGAUCUCCAAUUAUUCCCCACCCCCCUCGGAAAGUACAGAAACGGGCAUUAUAGUCUAUAUAUUACCUAUGAAGGUGAUGUUCUGGUGCCAUAUGACUAUUCAAAGACGCAUAUCUCUGCUGUUUUAACACUGUCAGCCCCCCACCCCCCUGUAUUGGAUUGCUCCCAUUUCCCUUAUUCCCUGUCCAGUCUCUUGAGUUGGGUCUAUGACCAUGAUCUAUGUCCAGUGACCUGAUGUACGGGCAAAGUGUGUGAAUGAGUGAAUUGGAGUGUGUGUGUGUGUGUGUGUGUGUGUGUGUGUGUGUGUGUGUGUGUUUUUCAGUAUGUGACCAUGCAAGAGUGAGCCCAUGCAUCGGCAGUAUGCAUGCAUUUAUACUUGAUAAUAUGUAUGAAUGUGUCUGUUUACAGACUUGUUAUAUGAGGUACAAAUAAGUGAAUGAGCUGCACAAUUGUUUUUCUUUUGAAAAAUACCAGUUUAUUUCUCAUGAUAUUAUGUUGCUCUGCAUAACUUCUUUAUAAACAAUUUUCAGUUAUAACCAUUUUUGGUCUCGUUUUUUUUUUGUAUAUAACCUUUGUAUGUUACUUCUUUUAUUUUUCUUACCUAAAUGCAUUUGUGCUGAGAGGAGUGUUGAUUUGUCAUCAUUCUUCUUGGUCUUUAUAAUUCAUUGUGUACAGAAUUUCAGUAUGUACGUAAAUGUCUUUUCUUUGUGAAAAGGAAUAUAUACUAAGGUGGACUUCUCUAAGUGUUAUGUGAAGUGCUGUUUUCUCUGGAGACCCACUCCUUCAUUGGACACCUCAUUGUCACCCACAGAGAAGCUAAAAAAACCAAGGUGAAGUCAACAACAAUGUAGCUGCUAUGUGUUCAAUCAAUGUGUACACCAGGUGGACUGCACUGUCUUGCCUCUUCUGUUGGUAUUUUUUAAAUAUUGUCUUUCCCAAGAGAGGUAAGACGGUCAGACUGUAGAGGAGUGGUGUUUUGGUCAGCAACAGAGCAUUAAACAUGUACAUAGUGCUGAAUGAGAGGGGAUUGUAAAUUUCAAAAAGUUACGGAAAUAUGUAAGGCAAGCAAAAAAUAAACAAAAUAAACAUGUGAAAAAGUA